AUUUAAAAAAAUAGCAGCAGAAAAUAUGUGUGACAAGAGACGACCUCCAAAAAUCUCUUGUCCUCCCUCCUCCGACCGACUCUCUGGUCCUCCUCCUCUCUCUCGGUAAUAGUCCUCUAAUUUCCCUUCCCCUCUACUCCACUUCCUCCUACUCCGAAAACCCCAUCCCACCCUCUUCCAAAUCCACCAAACUCCUUCCCUUUUAACCAUCCAUGCAGGAGCUCAAAGCUUCUCGCCAUCACUCCAGAAGCUACUUCCAAUCCCACCCAUCUUCCUCCGGUCAUAUGAAGCUCCUCCCCAGAAGAACCCACCUCCAACACCCCCACCACCACUACGAGAAAGCCCUCCACCUCAAAAAGUACUCCAAAUGGUUCCUCUGGCUCGCCCUCUCCGUCUACCUCUUCUCCUCCUCUUCUUUCUCCCUCUUCCCUCGCCCCACCCCUAGUUCCCUCCCCAAAACCACGCUUCCCCUCAAAACCACCCCGCGCGCGCUCAUCGAAGCUCGCAAUAUUUCAACUUCUCCUUCUCUCAAAAUCUAUGUCUACGAUCUGCCCUCCAAGUAUAACAGAGACUGGCUGGCGGACCGGCGGUGCGAGACCCAUUUGUUUGGGGCGGAGGUGGCGCUCCACGAGGCGUUCCUCGGCUUCUCCGGCCGCGCUCUGGACCCCAACGAUGCGGAUUUUUUCUUUGUCCCUGUCUAUGUGUCUUGUAAUUUUAGCACUCCGAAUGGAUUCCCUUCGCUCCACCACGCCCGCCCUCUUCUCGCCUCCGCCGUGGAGCUCGUCUCCUCCCAGCUCCCCUUCUGGAAUCGCUCCGGCGGCCGCGACCACAUCUUCGUCGCCUCCCACGACUACGGCGCCUGCUUCCACGCCAUGGAGGAUAGGGCGAUAGAUGAUGGGAUCCCGGAGUUCUUGAGGGAGUCUAUUAUUCUGCAGACCUUUGGGGUGCGGACGCCGCACGUGUGCCAGGAGGUGGAGCACGUGCAGAUACCCCCGUACGUUCCAGCGGAUAUUGAACGGUGGCCAGCGCCGGAGACGGUGAAGAGGGAUAUCUGGGUGUUUUUCCGGGGGAAGAUGGAGGUCCAUCCCAAGAACAUCAGCGGCCGCUUCUACAGCAAGAAGGUGAGGACCGAGAUCUGGAACCGCUACAACACCAACCCUCGGUUUUAUCUCCAGCGAAAGCGGUUCGCCGGGUACCAGUCGGAGAUCGCGCGCUCGGUUUACUGCCUCUGCCCCCUCGGAUGGGCCCCCUGGAGCCCGCGCCUCGUGGAGGCCGUCGCCUUGGGCUGCGUUCCCGUCAUCAUCGCCGACAGCAUCCGCCUCCCGUUCCCGUCUGCUGUUCGGUGGCCGGAGAUCUCCCUCGCGGUGGCGGAGCGCGACGUCGGCCGCCUGGAGGCCAUCCUGGACCACGUGGCUGCCACCAACCUCUCCGCGAUCCAGCGCAGCCUCUGGGACCCAGCCAAGCGGCGGGCACUGCUCUUCCACCGUCGGAUCGAGGAUGGCGACGCCACGUGGCAGGUGCUGAAGGAGCUUGAGGGAAAGCUGGAUCGGUCCUGGCGGAGACGGCGGGAGGACCAAUGGGAAGUUGAUACGUGGAGGUAGCGGGAAGGCGGGGAACGGCUGGCUAUUUCUUGGAGUGCUCGCUGUCACGGGAGCGGCGGAUCGACCCACGGGUGAUUAUUGCUGGGUUGCUGAGCUGGCGUCACGUGAUUGGUACGACCAAAAAAGGGUAGGGAGAUCACGGUAAGCUACAUAUUUUGAAGAAAAGAAUGACGAAAUAAAUAAAUAAAUAAAUAAAUGUAAUUGGUUGGAAAAGGUUGAUAAUAAUCAAAUAUUAUACUGGGAUAUAGUUGAGAUCAAGAAAGGGACUCUCCGGUUAGGGCAGAGGAAAUUUUUUAUUUAUGGUUUUUGGGUGGUUGGAUGAGAUUAAAGUAGUAGAGAUUAGGUACACGGGGGAGCAGGGGGUGGACCGGGAUGUAAUAAUUAUGAAUUAAUUUUGAUAUAUAUUAACAAGGUCGGUUGGUGCUUUUUCGAUGUAUUAUUUAAAUGGAUGUGCGGUCGAUAGAGGGGAACAGUUUAAUUAUUUGUACGUUCUUUUUUUCUUUUGUGAUAAUGUUAAUUCUUUCUACCAGAAAAAUAAAAUCAGCAAUUUGAAA